AUGGCAAUUAAUGGAAGAAAUCCUUUACCGAUAUUCCUUGACUGCUCUUUACCUAUGUUAUUACUAUUUUGUAUCAUAGGGUUACUUGCAUGGCCAUUUUGUUACAAUUUCAUUGCUAGCAAUGACGAUUUACUUUUCUUUUCUCAUUUCAAAAACAUGCUCAAUGAAGGAUCGUAUGAUAUGGUUAUUGGCAUAGUGUCCGCCCGUAAUAAUUCAAAAUUAAGGCAGGCUAUUCGAGAUACAUGGCUUGGUGCUUUGAUGACAAAUCAGCAGUUAAUAACCAGAAAAUUUAAAAUAUUAGUAAAGUUCAUUGUCGGCGAUUCUCCAUGUAUGAUUCCUCCGGUAUGGCGGGAAGAUCAAUAUACAUGUCAAAAAAAGAUCAUAAGAAAUUCUUCAGAUGUUCAUUCCGUUGUCCAACUGAAAUCCAACUUUGAAUAUUCUAGAGAUGAGGAUACGAAUCAUUAUUUUUCGUUAGGGAUCCGUUUUACAGUUUACCAUCCUAUUGUUAUUAGUUCACUGGGUAUGAUCAACUUCAAAGAAAAUCGAAAUAAAGGCACAAAAUUGUACUUAUAUGAUGAAAUUAGUCAGCAAACCGUUGCUCAUACCACUUUUAACCAUAAUAAUCCUGGUAGAGUCUUCCAUAACUUUCGUUACAGUGACAUUGGUUAUUAUUUGUUACCCAAAGGAUUCAUUGGGUGUGUCUUUGCUGAAAAUAUUACUAAUGUAGCUAUUUCAAGAAAGCGCUCCGAUUGGAUACUAGAUGAAGGAGAAAAUGCUAUUAAAAUUUUCGAGCUGAAAUUAUAUAAUCAUGACACGAAUGGAAUACCUCGCGAAGAAGAAUUUAUGUUGAAGAGAAGAUUAGUAGACAUCGGCUUAUCUUUUCAAUACAAAAUUAAAGAAGAAGCUACUAUAACAGCGAAUUAUACAGAAGAUGAGUAUAAAGAGUUGUUAAAUGAGGAACGGGAAGCUCUACAUCAGGAAAUGGUUGCAUAUGAUGAUAUUGUUCUUGUGCCUCACAUGGACGUUUAUCGAACUUUAGCAAGUAAAAUGCUCCUUUUCUAUGAUUGGUUAAUGAAAAAUCUCGAAUUUCAGUUAUUCAUGAAAGUAGAUGAUGACUGUUUUGUAAAUAUCAACUCCAUUGUAGAGGCUAUACAUAGUCUUGAUCUACUGGAGAAGCGUAAGUUUUGGUGGGGCAAUUUUCGUUCGAACUGGCCAGUAGAGCGAUUUGGGAAAUGGAGCGAAUUGGACUACAACUGUCCGAUUUAUCCAGCAUUCGCAUGUGGUAGUGGUAGCAUUUUAACAGCUGAUAUCAUCAAAUGGUUGGCAAACAACAGACAAUGGUUGAAACCCUAUCAGGUCUUAUCAUUCAAUUUUAGUUACGGAGAAGAUGUGUCCAUGGGAAUUUGGAUGACUGCUCUUGCUCCGUUGCUGAUUAAAGUAACAAUCACUGAUCUAUUUAUAUUGACACUAACUAAGAAGACUUUGUAA